AUGGCGAUCCCUAAUUCCACAGCUUUCAACUCAAUCAUUCGCUUUCGUUCUCCCGGGGAAGAGAAACGUAUUGUUUCGGAACUGACUACCAGCUUGAACGAAGGAGACUCGUACUUCGUCAUCUCCAAAAGGUGGUACACAAGCUGGCAGAAAUAUAUUGCUCCUAUAGGAGGAGGAGCUCCUAGGCCUGGACCGAUUGAUAACAGUGACAUCAUCGACGACACCACAAGUGAUGGUGAUCCACAACUUCGUAGAUACCUUGUUGAAGAUGAAGACUACGUUCUUGUUCCUCACCAAGUUUGGAAAACUCUUCUUGAAUGGUAUAACGUGGGUCCUCCAAUACCAAUGACCUUGAUCUACCUUUUUUUGUCAGAUGCAAGAAACGUUCACAAUGUAACUGAUAUACGUUUGGCAAAAGAGGCCUCUAUAUGGGAGCUUUAUGUGAAGGUUUGUGCUAAUACAGGUGUAUCUCUAGAAAAGGCUCGCAUCUGGGAUUACUUUAACAGGAGGAAAGUUAAACUCUUGGAUCCUUUAUCUAACGAGAGCCUGGAAGAGUCAGGUCUUCUCAUGGACCAAGAUAUUCUUCUUGAAGUUGAUGAGGUAGGCCUAGCAGGACUGGUUAAUUUGGGAAACACUUGCUAUAUGAAUAGCACUCUUCAGUGUUUGGCACACACGCCUUCCAUACUUCAAUACUUCUUGCGAGAUUACACUCAUCAGGGCGAGCUUACUAAGGCGUUUGGUGAGCUGUUGAAGGAGCUAUGGUCUUCAAGGAAGAAGGCAGUUGCACCGAGCUUUUUCAAGACAAAACUGGAUAAAGCUGCUCCACAGUUUAGUGGUCACUAUCAACACGACUCUCAUGAACUGCUCAUUUCCUUAUUAGCUAGGCUGCAUGAAGUCUCUGACGUCUGCCAACAAACGUACACCUAUGACUCCUUCACGUCCUUGUCUUUACCUUUGCCUUCAACACGUACUUGGUCAAUAUCUCUUCUUUCUUGUUUGGAGAACUUUUUAGCAGAAGAGCCUCUAGGACCGAAUAACAUGUGGUUUUGUCCGGAGUGCAAAGAGAAAAGGAAAGCUAACAAGAAGCUUGACCUUUGGAAGCUGCCAGAGAUUCUCGUGUUACAUUUAAAACGGUUCAGGACGAGCAAAUAUUUCGUGAAGAAGAUAGAUACGUUUGUGAACUUCCCAAUUAACGAUCUAGACUUGAGCAAGUACGUGAAAAACAAGAAUGAUGAUCAGUCGUACUUGUAUGAGCUGUAUGCAGUGAGCAACCAUUACAUUGGACCUGGUGGUGUCCGCCACUACACUGCCUACGCUAAGGUCGCUACACUGACUUUAUUCUGA